CGCAGACAGGCAAAUCACUGGCAAACUGCGCUCGUCCAAUCAACAUCGACUCGAUUGAAAGCGCAAAUGGCAGGCACGCCAGGCAUCGCACGCAGCUGGCAGAACUUUGCGACGAUACAGCGUAAAGCCAUCACGCUCGCUCCGACAUCGACGGUCUCUCACAGAGGAACGCCUAUCGCCCAACGCCUCAACUUGGCCGCUAGCCAGCCUCAUGAUGAUCAUGGUCACGGUGAAGGUGGAGUCGCCGGUCCACAGGGGAGGGGAGAUCAUGCGAGCGUGCCGAGAUGGGCAUCGACGGCCCAGCUCGCGGCAGGUGGCCUCAUCAGAUCAAAGACCGCCCUCUUCGCGGCACCGACGGGCGAGCUGCAGUUCAGGCACAUGUCUCGCUCCAGCAAGGCAUCCGCCACGGCAACAGAGGCUCCUCCCCAGAAAGGUCUCAGAACGAGCCACCCGGGUACACCGCUCGGAACGGCCAUGAACGCCCAAUCGACUGCAUCCGUUCCCGACUUCUCGCACUAUACAAAAGGCAAUACCGAGGCCAGCGGUCGCGCGUUUUCCUAUUUCAUGGUCGGGACUUUCGGUCUCCUCACAGCAGCAGGCGCCAAGUCACUCGUGUCUGACUUUCUGGCCAACAUGGCAGCUUCUGCCGAUGUCCUCGCUCUGGCAAAGGUGGAAAUCGCCAUGGGAGAUAUUCCGGAGGGCAAGAAUGUUCUCAUCAAGUGGCGUGGCAAGCCCGUCUUCAUCCGCCAUAGAACGCCUGCGGAGAUCGAAGAGGCCAAUGCCGUCGAUGUCAAAUCGCUCAGAGAUCCUCAGAAGGACAGCGACCGCACGCAGAAGCCAGAAUGGCUGGUCAUGAUCGGCGUUUGCACUCAUCUCGGUUGUGUUCCCAUCGGUGAAGCGGGUGACUUUGGAGGCUGGUACUGCCCCUGCCACGGGUCUCACUACGACAUCUCUGGUCGUGUCAGACGAGGACCUGCGCCGCUCAAUUUGGAAGUGCCAGAGUACAGCUUUGGCGAUGAUGACAUGCUUGUUAUCGGUUAG